AUGGGACGUGGCAGAGGAGGAUCCAGAUCUGGAAAGCCUAGAUAUGCUACUUCUGCUGCUGUUGUUUAUCAGCCUGCACCUGCACUACCUGCAUCAGCUACAAAUGCUCCACUAGUGACUACACCAGCUCCACCAGUGACUGCACUAGCUUCACCACUGCCUCCAUCAGCUCUACCAGUGCCUGCACCAGAUCCAAGAAGUUCCAAAGCUCCACCACUGCCUCUUCCAGUAGAUCCACCACAACCUGCACCAGCUCCAACAAGGUCCACAGCUGCACCACUACCUAAGACAAAACUUUUUGGUGUAAGGCGCAGUGGAAGACUUAAGAUAGGUGUGAAGAAGGCAAACGUUAGAGAUGGAGAGAGAUUAGCCAAAAGCAACAGGUAUAGGAUCCCUAGGUUUGCUCUUUGUUACAUGGAUGGAAAGAUUCAGUUGCCAUUUCUUACAGAGGCUCCUGCACUAUUGCACGACCUUCAUUACGGUGAUCACGAAAAUAGUCGAUACUUUAGAAAGAACAUAAGGAAGUUUAAUUCAAUGUUUGCAUUCACGUCAAUGGCGGGAAAGAUCAAUCGAUCAAUCAAUAAUGAUACUGCACCGCCAAUAUUUUCAAUCAAUGGAAAAAACUACCAUACUAUUGGAAGCCUUAUCCCUCAAGACAAUGACAAGCCAGGAUUCGCGCAGCUAUAUAUCUAUGACAGAGACAAUGAAAUUCAGAAUCGAAUAAAGGCUAUCAGGUCUUCUGCAUCAUGUCACGAGAUUGAAACUUAUAUCGUGGAUCAACUGAAGCAAAUGAGGAGAGAUACUGAUGGCAGAGUUUACAACCUACCAACGGCAUCUGAGCUUGCUAUUUUUAUUGUAAGAGACAUUAACGAAUCAUCAACUGAUAGGGAUAUUAUACUUGAGCCUACUACUAACAAGUUGCAAAGGAUAUAUGUAAUGCAUCUGCUGUACUUGGCUUUACACUAUCCCUUAGUAUUCCUAUAUGGAGAAGAUGGCUUCAAGACCGGCAUUGCCACGUCUGCUAGAUAUGACAUCAACGACACCAAAAAAAGGAAGAACAUCACCAUGCACGAAUUCUUCUCAUUUCGUAUUCAAAUGAGGGAACAUGAGUCUCCCUUAUUGUUACAUUCGAGGAGAUUGUUCCAGCAAUUCAUAGUGGCUGUGUUUACUAUGAUUGAGUCCGAGCGACUAAAAUUCAUCAGAAACAACCAACCAAAAUUGCACGUGGACAAGUACAGUGCACUGCAUGAAUCAUUGGUGAGGGGGGAAGCUAAUGCAAUUGCCACCGGUCAAAGAAUUAUUUUACCAAACAGCUUCACAAGUGGUCCAAGGUACAUGUUUAACAACUGUAAGGAUGCAUUUGCUAUUUGCAAAUAUGUGGGGUAUCCAAUAGAAUUCCAAAAGAGGGGAUUACCGCACGAGCAUAUAUUACUGUUCAUGCAUCCGUUGGACAAGCCAAGGUCACCUGAUAAUAUUUACAAGCACAUCUCAGUCGAGAUCCCUGAUAAGAUAAUAAGGCCAAAACUAUACGCAGUUGUGGAGAAGUUCAUGGUACAUGGACCAUGUGGCAAGUACAACAACAGUAGCCCGUGCAUCUUAAAUGGUAGGUGCUCAAAAUUUUAUCCAAACCCAUUCAGGCCAAGGACUAUUAUUGAUGAUGCUGGAUUCCCUAGAUAUAAAAGAUCAUAUAAUGGUCGCACUAUCAUGAAGAAAAACAUCACUCUUGACAAUUCAUAUAUUGUCUCCUAUAAUCCAUCACUACUGCUAAAAUGCAGUUGCCACAUCAAUGUUGAACAUACAUGCCAAACAUCUGCAAUCAAGUACCUGUUCAAAUAUGUCUGA